UUUACAGGAGGGUUUUCCAAAAAUGCCGCAACUGGAUUUUUGAGUUGUGCAAGUAGUCUUAGAAGUCUAGUCGUAAAAUAAUCUUAUCUCAGGGAUUUGUGGUGUGAUUUUUAUUUUAUUUUUACACUUCAUGUUCAUGACUUAAAUAUUGCAUGAAAUGGUUAUUGAUCCACAUUUUUCUUUGCUUUCUACAAUCAAUUAACAUGCUCAAUGGGAUUUCAUGACCAUACUUUAUAUUUUUAUUCAAAUUAUUUUCGUCAAGUUAUCAAUUUUUAUAGUGCAAAAAAUGUUUACUACAUCUUCAACUAAUAAUCUUACAAGUGAUUCUUUGUGUAUCAAUUCAUCUGAACGUGGAACUCAGGAACUUUUAAAUAGCAUACAUCAUAACAGUCCAAUUAGCAAUAACAAUAAUAGCAAUUGCAUACUAAAUUUAAACAGUAAGGCUACCUCAUUUCCUUCAAGUAUAACGGACCUUUCAUUAUUAUCAUCAUCAUCAUCGUCCCUUUUUCAUUGUGAAAAUUGUCCUAUAUGUGGAGACAAGGUAUCUGGUUAUCACUAUGGCCUUCCUACAUGUGAAUCUUGUAAAGGAUUUUUCAAACGUACUGUGCAAAACAAGAAAGAAUAUCAUUGUAAUGAACAAGGAAAUUGUGUUGUUGAUAGAUUACAUAGGAAAAGAUGUGCUUCUUGCCGAUUUCAGAAGUGCUUAAUUGUUGGUAUGCGGGUAGAAGCUGUUCGUGAAGAUAGAAUGAGAGGUGGACGUAGUCGACGUGGACGUUCAUCCUACUGUGUUGUAACAACACCGAAUUCCAGCAAUAGUAAUAAUAACAAUAAUGAUUCUAAAAUGGAUAAUAUAAAAUGUUUACUUUCAUCUAACUCUGUGAUGUAUUCAAAAUCUGUUGACAGUGAGCUAUACAGUAGUAUUACUCCUCCUCCACUUUCUCAUACUUCUACUAUCCAUGUUAACAAUAUUCAUCCUUCGAACAGUGGCAUUGACACUUCCAAUAAUAUUACAUCAGUUCCAUAUGAGAAAGACUACUGUAACAGACGAUCACCAAUAAUUGUCCCAUCAUUAUGCACAGUGAGUAAAACGAUAUGUGAAGCAAACUUGGUCCCAAGUUCUUUAUCCUUAACGAAUUCAGUUCCACAAGUUACAACAACAUGUACUACAACAGUGACAGUAUCACCAAGUCAUUCAUCUUUGUUGUAUGAAUCUAACCUAUUUAACCCAAACUAUUCUCAAAAUAUAUUUAAUCUGAAACCUGUAUCGUCAGUUGAAGAAAUGAGUACUGAGAAUGAUCAUUUAUCAACAUCAUCGUCAUCAUCAUCAAUAUCAAAGCAUUCGAAUUGUCAAAAUGAUUCUAGAACUAAUUCAUACAAUAUUUCAUCGGUUAACUCGUGUUCUUCUUCAAGUCCAACUUAUCAUCAAACAUCACUUAAGCCUAUUGAUCACUCAAAUAUCGAUACGUCCGGCAGUUGCUCUACUGUUAUUUGUAGUUUAACAACAACUCCUGUCAUCAUCACUGAUUCUGUGAAUUCAGUUUCGAUUAAAUCUUCUGUUAAUAAUACUACCGAUUCUAUUAUGAAUAUUGCUUCUUCAUCUACCGGCAUAUCUACGGAUACAUACACAAGUAUGGUUAAUCUACCUUUCAAUGAUUCUUUGGUUUGUCGAAGUCAUUCUCAUUUACCUACAUGUACCAUGAAUUCUUCAGGCUUCAUUGAUUUAACCCAGAAACUUCCCGGUACUACUACUAUUACCACUGCUACCACCACUACCACGAAUACUACAACAACAGAAACAUUGAAGUCAAUGAGUUUAUCAUCUUCAUCAGCAUCAUUGUUAUCAUGUUCUACUGGGAUGCGUUCUUCUAAUCCAGAUUUUGUUGAUUUGUCAAAUUCAGAUCCGAAACGUUUACGUUUAUGCUUUACAGACAUAAAUAGUACUAUUUUCGCGACUGCUGCUAAUUCCACCACCACCACCACUACUACUAUUACUCCUACUACUGCACAUGUUGACAUCAGUGUAUGUAAUGAAACAAGGGAGCUGAAUAAUUAUCAACAAUUUCCGUCUUAUCUGUUAAAUGAUUCUUAUGAUCAAUGUUCACACUAUCAAGUUAAUAAUAACAAUAAUAAUAGUCGAAUCCAAUCACAUGUUAAAAUCUCUUCUCCAUUAAUAUCGAUUCCAUCAUUAACAAAAGGUGUAUCUUCAACAUCAUCUACAAGUGUUUGGUAUCCAUCAUGCCUUGGAAUUGUAAAUUCUUCUGAACCAUCUUUUGUCCCAACAUCAUCGGAACUACAUGACUCGUCCGUAAUGAAUGAAUGUUCUAGUUAUCUUCAAAUUAUGGACGCAAAUUAUCAUCCGUUAUUAAAAGAUACUCCCCGAUCGACGUCAGUUUAUUUAAAUUCUAAUCUUCCUACUUCGUCCUCAUCGGUUAUGCAUCCUUCAAAUCUUGUACUACAAAAUGUCCAUAAUAGUCCUAGUCAUGGUGAUAGUUCUUGCAAUAGCAACACAUCUAUUGUUUCUACUCCUGGUUCUGCAACUGUAAAUACUACUUCUCCUGUCAUUAACAACAACAGUGAUAGUGCUUCACAAUUGUCGUUACAUACCGAUAAUCCUAGUCAAUCUAUUCCACCGUUUUGUCAUAAUUCUCAACAAAAUUCUAAAUUACAUUUAGUUUAUAAUCAACCACAUUCUAGUUUUUGUAGUCCAGUUGUUUGUAGUUUAUCUGAAUCAUCUAGCUUGAAUUUAUGUGGAAAUAUGCUCAAUACUACUACUAAAUCUACAAGUAACCCUAGUAAUUCAUGUUUACCUUUUAAUUUCGAUAAAAACAAUUCAUCUUUUCUCAAUGAUAAUGGUAUUAAUAAUCAUUUGUAUUCACUAACCUCUUCUAUCCAUGAUAGCCAGUAUCAUCAAAACAUACGACAACAAAUAAAAGCUCCACUUAUUGUGCCUCCUUCACUUCUUCCUUCUCUCCCUUCUCUUCCUAACCAUCCUUAUCCCCAAUUGACCAAUGAGCAUUUGAUGAAUGCUACCACAUCACAUACACAAAUGAUGAUGAAUUCCACCUCAAUCAAUCAAUCAAAUUCCACAGAUUUUAUCGAGACUGAAUCAAUAAAAACAGAGCGUGGUGAAUCAGAAGGUAGAGGAUCAAGUGAAUCUGAAGUAUCUGGUGAUUAUGGUGGUGUCAGAACUGGUGAUAAUUUAAGAAGUGCUAACAAUCACAACAGUAAUAAUAAUACCUAUUCUACUGCUAGCAAUACGAACAAUGGAAGCUUUAGAUUGAUCAAUAAUGAAUUAUUAACAAAUAAAAAAUAUGAUUGUAACAUUGAUGAGAUUCCAGAUGAUGAUUAUCUGACAGGUGAUGAUACUGAUGGGGACGAUUGUACAGAUAGUACUCUUGAUGAUGAAGAAGAUACUGAUUACGAUGAGGUGGACGAGUAUGAUGAUGAUGAUGAUGAUACGGAAAAUGAUAUUGAUGAUCCUGAUAGGGAUUUUGAUGAUGAAGAAGAUAGAGAAGAUGAUGAACUCAGUGAUGGUGGUUGUGGUGUUACUAGUAUAGGAGGAGCAUGUGGAAGAGAUAUCCUUGAGAUGUCUGAAGGUACUGGUCAUUCUAGUUUUACUUGUUCCACGUCAUCUUACCAUAAAUCAGAAUAUGAAAGUGAAUCAAAUCAUACUGGUGCUACUACUUCUCAUCUUAAUACUACUAUUUCUUCUUCUACUACCACUAAUACUACUGAUAAUAAUGCAAAUAAAGUUACUAACUAUGGUAACAAUAAUGAGAUUUUAUUUAAAAAUAAUUCUACUACCCAUGCAAAUGACUUUAGAUUCGGACAGAUAUUUACAACAUCGAUAGAACAUGAUUACAAAGUUGUGGAAGUUGUUCAAAAAUUUAUCCCUAAAUUAAAAUGCAGUCUCUUUGAAUUAUGCUCAUUUUUAAAAUCCGAAAAUCUCGAACUGACGAAUAGCAGUACUACCACAAUACUAUCAUCCUCUUCCUCUACGUCAUUAUCACGAAACGAAAUAAUCAGUGAACGCAUCAAUAAGGAUCCUGUGUUAAUGUUUAGAGAAUCGUCUGUAGGAAAUUUUUCAAAUCCCAUCUUGCCAUUGUCACCAUCAUCACUUGUACAUGAAUCACAGCUGCAUAAUAAUGAUAUUGAUUCUCAGGUAAAAUCAGUUAGUCAUUUUGACUCGGCUGAAUCCAGUGUGCCAAUCUUUAAAAAUAAUAAAGCAAAUUGUUUUCCAACACUUGGUACUUCUUCUCCUUCAACUGCUCAAAUAAAUGAAAAUAGUACUACAAUUAUUAAUCCCUAUUUAGACGAUUUAUUGUCUUCCUUAUGUUCAUUAUUAGAAACGUGUUUAUUUUAUUUGGUGGAUUGGAUGGCUCAAAUUGAAUCGUUUAAAGUAUUACCGGUUGAAGAUAAAAUGCAAUUGUUGAAUAGUAGUUGGAGUGAAAUUAUCCUACUAGAGUUUAUUCAUUUUUAUGUAACACAGUUAAAUAAUGCUAAACGAACAAAUACAAUAUUAACUGAUUCUAAAAGACGUUGUAAAAAUGCCAUGGAUCCAUUGAAUGUUUGCUCAUCGUUAUUUCCAAUUAAUACAAAUUCUAUUAAUUGUAAUGAAAAUAACCCAUUAACUGCUACCACUACUACUAAUAUCACAGCGACAGCACCAACAACAUCAUCUUCGUUACUGUCUCAUUCUUCUGUAUCUAUGGAAAUAUGUGAUCUUAUUGAAAAUCUAUUAAAUAAUCUUCUAGGUGGUGUCGAUAACUGUGGUGGUGGUCAAUCAGACUUAAAACAUAAAUUGAAUGAUUUAUUGACAAUAUUUCAAAAACUUCAGUUGGAUAAUAAAGAAUUUACUUGUUUGAAAUUUAUUGUUUUGUUUAAUCCUUUAAAACAUGAUACCUCUCUAACAUCAAACUUAAGUUAUGCCUUGAAAAUUCAGGGAAAAUUUUGUCAUUUCUUAUUGAAACGUUCACGAAGAUUUCUAUGUUUAAUAAAUGAAUCCAGUAAAUCUCAAAAACUAGAUCAUGAAUCACCAAAUGAAUUGAAUACUCUUCUUUUACCAGAUAGAUAUGGUCAAAUUUUGUUAGAAUUAGCAGAAGUUAAAUUUCUUGCUUUCCAGUUAGAAAGUUUUUUACUAAUGCGAUAUAGACUUGGUAAAAUACCAAAUGAAAGUUUAUUAAGUGAAAUGUUGUUAACAAAACGUAGUCGAGUAUCACUUCCUGUACAACCAUCUUAUUGUAAUCUGAUGACAUCAUCAAUGAAAUCACCACCAUCAAUAACAUCAUCUUAUGUAAUACCAACAUGUCAGUUUGCAUAUACCAAUGUUAACUCAAAAGUCAUUCCCAUACCAUCAUUAUCUACGGAUGCUGAUUGUCGAUCAAAUGAUGAAGUGAUAAAACAUAAUCAAGCUUCUUCAUUAUGUACAAAUAAUCUGAAUAAUGGUACUACAAUGAUGGUAAAUGCUACAGGAAGCUUAUCUACUACACCAUUUACUUCUCCUAUUCCUUCAACUUUCCCACUUACUUCUCUUCAUUCGCCCACUUCUAUUCCUCAAUUCAGCAAUAGAAAUAACAAUUGUAAUAAUAAUGACGCAUCGUUAUUGAAAAACAUUGAUUCACAGUUGUCUUGUACAGCAUUUCUCAAUUCUUAUACUAAUUCUCCGUUAUAUACUCCAACUACUACAAAUCAACUGGUUUAUAAUCAUUGUUUUAUUAACAUUGAUGACCAUGUUAUUACUGCAAAUAAUAUUAACAGAUUUAAUGAACAACUACACGAGUCCUCAUCAACAGUGACAACAAUGCCGGCGACAACAACAACACUCGUAAAUCAUGCCUCAAUAUUAUCAUGAAAAGCAUUUAUUCCUUUUUUCUACUUCUCCUUGCUCGUCUAUUUGUUGCUUUAUUUAUAAUCUUAUAUUCUUGUCUAUUUGGGAAGGGAAAGAAAACUACAAGUAAGGCAGGAAGGACUGUUAUCCUCUUUCCAUCUGACAUCAUGCUAACAAUAGAAUUGUUUGCUUAGUACAAUUAGUCCAUUAGGUGGUAAUUCUAAUUGUAGUGUUUGUCAACAUUUCAGUUACGUACCAAUUAAACAAAAGUUGAAAUAUUUUAACUGAGUAAAAUAAACAGUUUUCAAUGAUUUUCUUUAAUACAUGACCUUUUACUCUCAUGUCGUGAGGUGAACAAAGUGAAGAAAUGUGUGUGUGUGUGAAAUGAAGGGAAAAAUAGAUAGUCGGACAAACAAAAUAUUAACAAGACUUGAAUUUCUAUUCUUCUCACCUAUUAUUAACAUUAUUACUACCAGAAACCUAUUGCAUAAUACCGACAAAAUUCUGAGGUAGAUUUGAUCAAGUGAGAACAUUUUCCAUAUGUAUGGAAAGGUUAUUAUUGUUCCUGUCACCGUUAUUGUUGCAUUUAGAAUCAUAUCAUGCGUGUGUAUGCGAUUUCUCCCUAAUUUUGUGCUACUCUCAUUUCAUUUUAGUCUUCUAAUUUUCGUUUAAUAUAUCGUAUGUUGUGUUUAUAUUCAUUCAAGUGUUAAUAGUGUAUAUGUGUUGAUAUUGAUCUAAUAUAUAUAUUUUGGUACUCAUCUUUUGUCAUCAUCACCAUCAUUGUUGUUGUUGUUAUCUCACUGAGACAAAAAAAAAUCGCUUCAGUUCCUCCCCCAACAUUAUCUUUCCAACUUCCCUACUCGUCUACCUAUUAUUUCCAUCUUUUUUCACUCUUCUUUUAUAUGAGAAACUGUACAAGACAAUCAUUAUCAACCAUCAGGAUUUUUGUUUUAUUCAUCGAGGAAACCAAACAUUUUCAUAAUACUUUUGUCAAGUGUUAUCUUGUCUGUAGUCGAUUAAAGAAAUAAAUCAACUUGUAGGAUGUAGUGAAUAGUGUUUUUUGUGAAGAGUUUCAUUAGUAGUUUUUUUCAAUUAUACUAUUUUGAUUAUGUACAGAGGUAUUUCAUCUUUAUUUUCUUUUGAUCUGUCUACAAUUAAUUUUUAAAUAGAUGAAUAUAAUAAUUGUAUGUCUAUGAUAUAUUGCCUUUAUCACUUUCCUACCGGCUGCCAAUCUCACGUCAUUUCUACUUUUCUUCCGUUAAUCUACCUCGAAUAUUUAUAUAUUCUAAUGUAAUUAUACCGUUAGUAUGUAGAUAUUUUUUAGCUGUACUCCUUUUUUUAUAAACAUAUAUAUUAGUUAUAGAAAAUUUACCAAGAAAUGCUCAUUUUCCGGCUAGCACCAACUAUCAUCAGUCUUUUCUGUAGACAGAUCGUCGCUCAAUUUCUCUUAUUUAUAAAUUGUAUUUAGCCAGUUAAUCAAUCUAGGACAGGAUUUUUCUCCUCUUUAUCCCAAUGUCUUCUCUUCUGUUUUUGUGUGUUUAAGAUAUUUUGCUUUUUUCACAUACCUCUACACAGCGUACACUAUGUGUAAAUAUAUUGCGUAGUUUUGUGUACAAAUUAUUUUCCUUGUUUGUGCGUGUAUAUCUUGGGUGCAUUUUUUGAGACAGGCUAAUAAGUAUAUAUAUAUAUAUAAUAGAUAGAUAGAUAUACACGCACAAACAAGGAAAAUAAUUUGUACACAAAACUACGCAAUAUAUUUACACAUAGUGUACGCUGUGUAGAGGUAUGUGAAAAAAGCAAAAUAUCUUAAACACACAAAAACAGAAGAGAAGACAUUGGGAUAAAGAGGAGAAAAAUCCUGUCCUAGAUUGAUUAACUGGCUAAAUACAAUUUAUAAAUAAGAGAAAUUGAGCGACGAUCUGUCUACAGAAAAGACUGAUGAUAGUUGGUGCUAGCCGGAAAAUGAGCAUUUCUUGGUAAAUUUUCUAUAACUAAUAUAUAUGUUUAUAAAAAAAGGAGUACAGCUAAAAAAUAUCUACAUACUAACGGUAUAAUUACAUUAGAAUAUAUAAAUAUUCGAGGUAGAUUAACGGAAGAAAAGUAGAAAUGACGUGAGAUUGGCAGCCGGUAGGAAAGUGAUAAAGGCAAUAUAUCAUAGACAUACAAUUAUUAUAUUCAUCUAUUUAAAAAUUAAUUGUAGACAGAUCAAAAGAAAAUAAAGAUGAAAUACCUCUGUACAUAAUCAAAAUAGUAUAAUUGAAAAAAACUACUAAUGAAACUCUUCACAAAAAACACUAUUCACUACAUCCUACAAGUUGAUUUAUUUCUUUAAUCGACUACAGACAAGAUAACACUUGACAAAAGUAUUAUGAAAAUGUUUGGUUUCCUCGAUGAAUAAAACAAAAAUCCUGAUGGUUGAUAAUGAUUGUCUUGUACAGUUUCUCAUAUAAAAGAAGAGUGAAAAAAGAUGGAAAUAAUAGGUAGACGAGUAGGGAAGUUGGAAAGAUAAUGUUGGGGGAGGAACUGAAGCGAUUUUUUUUUGUCUCAGUGAGAUAACAACAACAACAAUGAUGGUGAUGAUGACAAAAGAUGAGUACCAAAAUAUAUAUAUUAGAUCAAUAUCAACACAUAUACACUAUUAACACUUGAAUGAAUAUAAACACAACAUACGAUAUAUUAAACGAAAAUUAGAAGACUAAAAUGAAAUGAGAGUAGCACAAAAUUAGGGAGAAAUCGCAUACACACGCAUGAUAUGAUUCUAAAUGCAACAAUAACGGUGACAGGAACAAUAAUAACCUUUCCAUACAUAUGGAAAAUGUUCUCACUUGAUCAAAUCUACCUCAGAAUUUUGUCGGUAUUAUGCAAUAGGUUUCUGGUAGUAAUAAUGUUAAUAAUAGGUGAGAAGAAUAGAAAUUCAAGUCUUGUUAAUAUUUUGUUUGUCCGACUAUCUAUUUUUCCCUUCAUUUCACACACACACACAUUUCUUCACUUUGUUCACCUCACGACAUGAGAGUAAAAGGUCAUGUAUUAAAGAAAAUCAUUGAAAACUGUUUAUUUUACUCAGUUAAAAUAUUUCAACUUUUGUUUAAUUGGUACGUAACUGAAAUGUUGACAAACACUACAAUUAGAAUUACCACCUAAUGGACUAAUUGUACUAAGCAAACAAUUCUAUUGUUUCUUUUUCUUAUAUUUCCCAUUCUUAUAAAUUUAUUGAAUCUGGAUUGCAUUGUUUCUUUAGUAGUCCAAUUGCUCUUACCUCCUCCUUCAACUCUCCUUUGUGUACUUAUACUUUUUCCCUCAUUGUUUAUUAGGUAAAAGUGUGCGUUAACAUUGGACUGAAGUGACCACGCCUCUUGUUUUAUUCCUCCUUCUUUAUCUUUCUUGUCAUCUGUUUCUCUCAUCUUUAACAUAUAUAUACUUUUUGUUCAGGCAGCUAUACACUUAUCUAUCUAUUGUUAAAAAAGAAUUCGACUUUUAUAAUAGCGAUGGUGAUUAUCAUACUCAUGUUAAGAUAAUCUGAGGUAGGCAAGUUAACUCUUCAUUUUAUCUUUCAUAUUGUAACUCUUUCCCGCAUUCCCUUUCUUUUGUUGCGGUGGUUGCCACAUUCUCUUUUCCUGUUCAACCCCCUCUCAGUGUUGCUUGUUUGUGUUAUUUAAUAUUUCUUUUUACUGUUAUCAUAGCUAUCACUACUACUAGUAUUAUUAUCAUUAUAAAUGACUGAAAAAAAACGAAAAAAUAAAAUGAAUUUUGUAAAUAAAUUUAUCGCUUUGAUUUCUUGAAGAAAGUACUGAACUCCCUGAUAUGUACAUAGUUUUAUGCAUGUUUUUGUUUGUGUAAGUGAUCAUUCUUCCAAAAGAAUCCAUGAUUAAAAUUACUGAAACAUUUGAUUUGACUGAGGUAGUAAAUUUCUUUGGGGUUGUUAUUUCCACCAGUAACC